AUGGCUACACAAAACCUGACUCUUACGAACUCAAGAUUGACGCGAGCACCUGCUGAUUUUACUAUUCCCAGCAUGUCGUUAAGGUGUGCUUGGGAGCACUGGUGCUGUGGUGACCCAUCUGGGCGAAUUGGUCCAUAUCGCUUCCUGCAGUGGCAGGACCUUUCCACUUGUGGGAAGCGGAAGACGCUCUCAGCCUAUCGCGAUGUAACACCAAAAAAUCGUCAAAGGCGCAAAGGUCAGCUCAAAUGGUCUACUGCAUUGAACGAGAUUCGAGAAAUUGCAGUAGAUCGAGCCAAGACGCGUAGGUUAGCGUCGAAACACCAACACACGUGCAUAUAA